UAACUUGAUACCUCUUAGAUGGUGGGUAAUGUGUUUGAUAUAAAGAAGCUGGUUUUUAAUUGAAUUUUUUGUUUUCAAAAUACCCGAUUCUACGCCAAACUCGCCAAGACACCCCUGGCAAAUCAUAAGGGUGUUAUCACCACAGUCGUGAUUAUUCAGUUAAAAUGUUCUCCAUGAAGUGUAGUAAAAAUUGAGGAAAAAUGGCCAAUAUGCAACAGCUACAAGAAGAUACUCCCUGUGAUACGCAGUUUGACUCGAAGCAGUCACUUUCUGGCAGAGACAAACCGUUCAAUUGCGAUACCUGCGGCCGCCGCUAUCAAACCAAUGCAUCGCUCAAGACCCACAAACUUACCCAUCAGAAUGGCAAGAAAGAAUUGUGUGGUUUUUGUGGUGCCCGGUUCGCAAACCGUGGCCAGUUGAAGGUUCACGAACGGGUUCACACGGGCGAGAAGCCUUACAAAUGCGAUCAAUGUGACAAGGCAUUCUCUUAUCGUGAGAGUCUCAUAACACACUCCACGAUCCACACUGGGGUGAAACCGUUUUGCUGCUCAUGCUGCGGCGCACAGUUUUCGUGCGUUGGCAAUCUUAUUAAGCAUCGCAAACUACGGCCAAAAUCAUGUGGCUUGCCAGAGUACGAUCCAACUGCUAGGGUGGCUCCAAGACCAACGAAAAGAACAAUGCCUAAUCUAUCAGACCGCAAGCAAUACCAAAAAUCAUCGAAAACGUUGCAACCAGCUCAGCAUAGGGAAACGAAAAGUGUUCCAGAUACGGCUAAAGCUUUCCCAGAUCGCUUGCCACCAACUUCCCAAAGCAGAGAUACUGAUGAGGUGUAUUUGCAGAGUGAGUCCGACGGUGCGGAAGCGAUGAAACCAAAAUCUCGAGCGCGCACUUCUACAUACGUUUUGGAUGCCGCUGAAAUUGUACAGAAUGGAGAAAUAGAAGUGCUUGAGUACGAGACGAUGGAAGUAUUAGAUGAGUUUAUAACAUACGACGACCAGGAUGAUGAUCGAGUUUUUCCAAAAGAAAUCGACAAAGACGAUGCUUUGCAAGUCGAGGUGAUGAACGAUGCAAGUAGUUGUGAACCAAAUAUAGAUAGCGAUAAAGAAACCAUCGACAACGCUGAAUGCAACGUCAGUCCAAAUAGUGCAGAAAUAAACGAACUCGUAAAAACUGAACAUAUGAUCUUGGUUCAAAAUUCGGUACAGGAUGAGCAAGGGAGGCAAACAGAUAUCCCACAGAAUGAAGAUUCAUUCGACGACGAAAUAACCAGUAAAACAGAAACGGCAGCUCCCUCGGAUUGUAUAGAAAAAACCGUUGAAAGCCAGUUAAAUAUUGUCGAGAUUGAUGGUGAGCAAAAAACGGAUCCAAAACACAAUCUUUCAAACUGUUCCGAUAAAGAUUGGCAAGGGGAACAAAUAUCCUUAAUCAAAGAUGAGGCAACGGCAAUGGAGAGACAUUCGCAUCGAUCCAAACAAGGAAAGCCUAAUUUGGAAAUGCCACCAAUAACGACAGAAGAAUUGGAUAAAAUGGUUAUAGAAAGGCAAGAUAAAAAACUACAAGAACAACUUGAAAUUGUUCGGCAAAACUCCGAAGUGUCCUCAAAUAUGUACUACUGCAAGUUAUGUCCACUACAGUACACAACCGAAUACCUCAUGGCGCGCCACCUGGAACGCGUUCAUAAUUUCCAGCUGGAACAGGCUCGCGAGAAGCUGCGGUUCACCAAAAAGGCAGUUCAUGUAAAGCAAUAUAGGUGCAAGUAUUGUCAUCGAUCGUACGUCAACGCGGCGCGACUGAAAACGCAUCUCUUUAAACAUGGCACCGAUGGCCAGCUCAAUCACAAGUGUCCCGCCUGUGCUCAAUACUUCGAAACGAAGGAAAUGGCACGGCAGCAUGCGCUCGAGCUGCAUCGUAGGCAACUCGUGUGUGACACCUGCGGGAAGGAGUGCCAGGAUCCUGAGCGACUCCAGCAGCACGUGCGUUAUGCGCACAAGGGCGUGAAGGAGUUGCGCAGACAAAAGUACGUUUGUCAGCGGUGUGGAAAGUGCGUUCCGUCGCGCACCGUCCUCGCGGAUCACGACCGAACGAACUGUGGCCAGUCGCCCAUCUAUCGAUGUGAAUCUUGCGGGAAGAAUUACGCAAGCUUUGCCUCGCUGAAAGUGCACCAGACGAUGCAUCAAAAUUUACCGGAGCCUUACGAGUGUGGUUUCUGUCGGAAACGCUUUCGCCACAAAGGCCAGCUGAAGGUACACGAGCGGUCCCAUACGGGUGAGAAACCUUUCCGGUGCCAGCACUGCCCGAAGUCGUUUCCUUACCGGGAGUCUCUAUUGGUGCAUCAAAGCACGCAUACGGGCAUCAAGCGAUUUGCGUGUUCCGGCUGUAAACGAACGUUUUCGUGCAUCGCAAACCUGCAGGCUCAUCGGCGGUCACACCAAGCGACCUGUGGAGCGGUACCGAACAACACCAAGCCAUUGCGACAGCAGGGAGAUAGAUAACUUAUUACCUUUAUUUUGUACCGAAAAUCUAUUUAUUUGAAAUAGGAAUAAAACGAACUGAAUUGUGCAUAUGAAUUGCCUUUAUCCUCUGGCACAUUAAAUAAAUUGGACAAAUAAAACUAAAAGCC